AUGGAUCGUUCAAAGUUCGGCCUCGAUUUGACGAUGCUUCAAGAUUUACCGCCAAGAGUGCCAAUGACCGAUGAAGAGGUGGAAGAGAAAUAUGAUUCAAUACGACAGAGAUCCGGAAUACUCACAAUAAUGGGUGUUGUGCACAAGGCACAGCUCAGUGAUAUCGUUGAAAUUGCGGAACUUGGGCGUGGCUCAUUUGGUGUGGUUCGCAAAGCACAGUUCAAAAAAACAAAAACGCUUAUGGCUGUCAAA